CUGUCACUUCCUUCCUUGUGAGAUUGUCGGGACACAUUAGGGAUGGUUUUUUAUCGUAGGCUGGUAUGUCAAUCAACAACCCGUCCAUUUACAGUCAAUGUUGUGAAGAAAUACGAAAUAUAGUGUAGUAAAAGGGAAGGUGGAUAGGCGGUCGUAGCUGUCGCGAGCAGCGCCUACACGCUCGUCCAGCUACGCACUGCUUGCUUCCCCGUGCGUUCGCUGUUUUGCCCCCGUAGUCGAUUGUGCUAGCUCAAUUUGUAAAUAUUAGCCUGCUAAGCUAGCUACUGCCGUUAAAAUGGCCACCAUGGAGAAGCUAAUGAAGGCCUUUGAGUCUCUCAAGUCAUUCCAGCAACAACAGGGGCCCCCAACAGCCGAAGAGCUUGUCCAAAAACAGAAGAAGGAGCUGGCCACCACCAAGAAGGACAGGGUCACACAUUGCCUGACCAUAUGUGAGAACAUUGUGGCUCAGUCUCUGAGAACGUCUCCGGAGUUCCAGAAGCUGCUGGGCAUUGCCAUGGAGAUGUUCCUGCUGUGCAGCGACGACCGCGAGUCGGACGUCCGUAUGGUGGCCGACGAGUGCCUGAAUAAAAUCAUCAAAGCGUUGAUGGACUCCAACCUUCCUCGGCUGCAGCUGGAACUGUACAAAGAGAUUAAAAAGAAUGGUGCCUCCCGGAGCCUGAGGGCGGCCCUCUGGAGGUUCGCUGAGCUCGCUCACCUCAUCAGGCCACAGAAAUGCAGACCCUACCUGGUGAACCUGUUGCCGUGUCUGACCAGGAUCACCAAGCGGCAGGAGGAGACCGUGCAGGAGACGCUGGCGGCCGCCGUCCCCAAGAUCCUGGGAGCCCUCGGCCACUUCGCCAACGACGGCGAGGUCAAGGUGCUGCUGAAGUCGUUGGUGGCCAACCUCAAGUCCAGCUCGCCCACCAUCCGGCGCACGGCGGCCAGCUCUGCCGUCAGCGUGUGCCAGCACUCCCGCCGCGCCACCUACUUCUACACCUGGCUGCUCAACGUGCUGCUGGGCCUGCUGGUGCCUGUGGAUGAGGAGCGGGCCAACCACGUGAUCCUGGGGGUGCUGUUGACCCUGCGCUACCUGAUGCCCCUGCUCCAGCAGCAGGUCAACACCACCAGCCUCAAGGGCAGCUUCGGGCUCAUGAGGAAGGAGGCCGACAUCCAGCCCACACCAGAGCAGCUGCUGCAGGUGUACGAGCUGACCCUCCACUACACACAGCACAGGGACCACAAUGUGGUCACGGCCGCUCUGGAGCUGCUGCAGCAGGUGUUCAGGACCCCGCCCCCCGAGCUCCUGCACAUGCUCAUCACGGCCGGCAGCAUGCCGCACGCCAGCGUGUUCCGCCAGGACGCCGAGAGCCGCGGGCGCUCCGGGAGCAUCCUCGAGUUCAUCGCUGGGGGAGGGUCUUCCUGCAGUCCACUCGUCCUCAGGAAACAGAAAGGCAAGCUGCUGUCAGGGGAGGAGGAGGGCUUAGAGGAGGACCCUGAGAGGGCGGAGGGCACGGCCGGAGCAUUCUCAGCUGAGGGGACCGCCCAGGUAGACAUCAUCACGGAACAGCCGCGCUCCUCCCAGCAUGCACUGCAGCCCAGCGACUCCGUCGACCUCAGCGCCUCCUCCGAGCAAGGGGGCGGGGCUCUGGGAGAGGGGGCGGAGACUCCGGAGUCGCCCAACGAGGAGGACAUGCUGAGCCGGAGCUCCAGCGGCGGGGCCAACGCCACCCCGGAGACGGCCGACUACACCACGCCGGAGAACGCCACGCCCGACGGACCGCUGGACGCUCCGCUGGGUCCUAACGACCGCUCGCUCCCGCCCAGCGACUCCUCCCAGACCACCACAGAAGGACCCGACUCUGCCGUCACACCCUCCGAUGUUGCAGAGCUGUCUCGUUUGCCGUCGCCACGGGCGACCCUGCGGUCUCCGAGCUCUCCUACUUCCACCGAGGGGCCGGACGACAGCGACAGCGACACGUCCUCAGCCGGCUCCUCCUCCUCCACGUCGGCCGUCUCCUCCUCCUGCUGCUCUGUUGUCUCCUCCUCCACUAGCGGCAGCGACAAGGUCCUGGACGGCAGUGAGAGCCAGUACUCAGGGAUGCAGAUUGGAACGCUGCAGGACGAGGAAGAGGAGGGGACCGGCCCUUCCUCCCUGGAGGAACACACACAGCCCUUCUCCCAGUCCGCCCUGGCUCUGAGUAAGCCCCACCUGCUGGAGGGCAGAGGUCACAACAGGCAGGCGUCUGACAGCAGCGUGGACCACUUCACCCCCACCGAGGAGGCGCUGGAGCCCGAGCCAGACCACAAGCCGUCGAGAAUCAAGGGCCCCAUUGGCCACUACACAGACCAGGGGGCGGAGCCACUGGUGCACUGCACUCGGCUGCUCGCCGCCUCCUUCCUCCUGACUGGACAGAAGAACGGUCUAGUCCCAGACAAGGAGGUGCGUGUGAGUGUGAAGGCGCUGGCCGUCAGCUGCAUGGGCGCGGCCGUGGCGCUGCACCCCGAGGCCUUCUUCAACACCCUGUACCUGGAGCCGCUGGACGGCACCCCUGUGGGGGAGCAGCAGUACAUCAGUGACGUGCUGGGCCUGGGGGCCCACGGGGACCCCCAGAUCCGAGGGGCCACCGCCAUCCUGUGUGGGGCCCUCAUCCAGGCAGCCCUCACCAAGACACGCUUCAACAUCCACAGCUGGCUGGCCAGCGUACACAGCACAACUGGUAACCCUCUGUCCCUGGUGGACCUGGUGCCUGUGCUCCAGAAAACUCUGAAGGAUGAGUCCUCCGUUACUUGCAAGAUGGCCUGUUCUGCAGUCAGGCACUGCAUCAUGACCCUCUGCAGCAGCACUCUGAGUGAGCUGGGCCUGCAGCUGCUCAUCGACCUCCUGACCCUGAAGGACUGCUCCUAUUGGCUGGUCAGGACGGAACUCCUGGAGACCCUGGCGGAGAUGGACUUCCGGUUAGUGAAUUUCCUGGAGAGGAAAACUGAGAAAUUGCACAAAGGGGAGCAUCACUACACUGGGUGCCUGCGUCUGCAGGAGAGGGUGCUGAACGACGUGGUCAUCCACCUGCUGGGGGAUGACGACCCCAGGGUGCGACACGUGGCUGCCUCCACUGUCAGCAGGUUGGUGUCCAGGCUGUUCUAUGACUGUGACCAGGGCCAGACUGACCCUGUGGUGGCCAUAGCCCGGGACCAGAGCAGCGUCUACCUCCAGCUGCUCAUGCACGAGACCCAGCCCCCCUCCCAGUUCACCGUCAGCACCAUCACCAGGACGUAUCGAGGCUACAACCUGUCCCAGAGUGUGUCUGACGUGACGGUGGAGAACAACCUGUCCAGAGUCAUCACCGCUGUGUCCCACGCCCUCACCUCCUCCUCCUCCAGGGCCCUGACUUUUGGCUGCUGCGAGGCCUUGUGCCUGCUCACCUCCAACUUCCCAGCAUGCAGCUGGAGCACGGGCUGGCACUGCGGCUACGUCAGCUCCUCCGUCAGCCACUCGUCACGCUCCAGCCUGAGCCGCAGCCGGGGCAGGGCGCUCAGCUUGUCCCAGCCAGGUGUGGGUAACGUGGUGGAGGAGGGCAGGAGGACCCUGACAGUGGGCAUGGCCAACAUGGUCCUCUCUCUCCUCUCCUCCGCCUGGUUCCCCCUCGACCUGUCGGCCCACCAGGACGCCAUGCUGCUGGCCGGCAACCUGCUCGCAGCGGCCGCACCCAAGUGCAUGCGCAGCCCCUGGGCCGGGGAGGAGGAGGGCAGCCCCGCCCCCGCUGCGCCCGGGAAGGUGGAGGAGCCCUGGGCGGCCCUGGGAGAGCGGCCCCUGGUGGCCCUGGUGGAGCACCUCUUCUCACACCUCCUCAAGAUCCUCAACAUCUGCGCCCACGUGCUGGACGACACGCCGCCGGGCCCCGCCGUCAAGGCCACCCUCCCCUCCCUGGCCAACACCCCGUCGCUCAGCCCCAUCCGGCGGAAGGGCAAGGAGAAGGAGGCGUUGGAGCCCAGCUCCACGCCCAUGAGCCCCAAGAAGGCCGGCGAGGUGGCGGGGGGGCGGGCGUCCGAAAGCUCCGCCUCCACCUCCGUCAACAAGUCCAGCACCCUGGGCAGCUUCUACCACCUGCCCCCCUACCUCAAGCUGUACGACGUGCUCAAGGCCACGCACGCCAACUACAAGGUAACACUGGACCUUCACAGCACCAAUGAGAAGUUUGGAGGGUUCCUGCGCUCCACGCUGGACGUCCUCUCCCAGCUUCUGGAGAUGGCCACGCUGCACGACAUCGGCAAGUGUGUGGAGGAGAUCCUCAGCUACCUGAAGUCCUGUUUCUCCAGAGAACCUACCAUGGCCACGGUGUGCGUGCAACAGUUGUUAAAGACUCUGUUUGGCACCAACCUGGCCUCCCAGUACGAGGGGGCCCUGAGUGGGCCGAGCCGCUCCCAGGGCCGGGCCCUGCGUCUGGGCUCGUCCAGCCUGCGCCCCGGCCUCUACCACUACUGUUUCAUGGCCCCCUACACACACUUCACCCAGGCCCUGGCUGACGCCAGCCUCCGCAACAUGGUCCAGGCUGAGCAGGAACAGGACGCCUCCGGGUGGUUUGAUGUGAUGCAGAAGGUGUCCAACCAGCUCAAGUCCAGCAACAACGUCACUCGCCAGCGAGGAGACAAGAACGCCAUCCACAACCACAUCCGUCUGUUUGAGCCUCUGGUGAUCAAGGCUCUGAAGCAGUACACCACCAGCACCUCAGUGGGCCUGCAGAGACAGGUGCUGGACCUGCUGGCUCAGCGUCAGCUCAGGGUCAACUACUUGUCUGGCAUCCUGGCCAUCCUGAGGGUCCUGGUCUCCCAGUCCACGGAGGACAUCGUCCUGUCCCGUGUCCAUGAGCUCUCUCUCUCCCCCAGCCUGCUGUCCUGCCCGCCAUCCGCCACCUGCACCUGGACGGCCCCGCCCCCUCCGGCGGCGGAGGCCAACGUCGAGACGCAGAGGGCGGCGCCGGAGGAGACCUUUGCCAGGUUCCUGCUCCAGCUGGUGGGGGUUCUGCUGGAGGACAUCUCGUCCAGGCAGGUGAAGGUGGACAUGACGGAGCAGCAGCACACCUUCUACUGCCAGCAGCUGGGCACCCUGCUCAUGUGCCUCAUCCACAUCUUCAAGAGCGGAAUGUUCCGGAGGAUCACGGCGGCGGCGACCCGCCUCCUGAAGGGGGAGGGGGCGGCGGCGGGGGGCGGGGCCAGCGACGGGGGCGAGUUCUACCCCCUGGAGGGUCUGAACGCCAUGGUGCAGUGUCUGACCACCACACACCCCUCACUGGUGCUGCUGUGGUGCCAAGUGCUGCUCAUCAUCCACUACACCAACUACUCCUGGUGGGCCGAGGUGCACCAGACGCCCAGGGGCCACAGCCUGUCCUCCUCCAAGCUGCUGAGCCCCCACUCCUCCAGCGAGGGGGAGGAGGAGAAGCCGGAGGCACGGCUGGCCAUGGUCAACCGGGAGAUCGUCCGGCGGGGCGCGCUCAUCCUCUUCUGUGACUACGUGUGUCAGAACCUCCAUGACUCGGAGCACCUGACCUGGCUGAUGGUGAACCACGUGCGCGACCUCAUCAACCUGUCCCACGAGCCGCCGGUGCAGGACUUCAUCAGCGCCGUGCACCGCAACUCGGCCGCCAGCGGCCUCUUCAUCCAGGCCAUCCACUCCCGCUGCGACAACCUCGCCACGCCCACCAUGUUGAGGAAGACCCUGCAGUGUCUGGAGGGCAUCCACCUGAGCCAGUCUGGCUCUCUGCUCAUGCUGUACGUGGACAAGCUGCUCAGCACCCCCUUCAGGGUGCUGGCGCGCAUGGUGGACACGCUGGCCUGCCGCCGCGUGGAGAUGCUGCUGGCCGAGACGCUGCAGAACAGCGUAGCUCAGCUUCCUGUAGAAGAACUGGACCGUCUCCAGGAGUACCUUCAGACCAGCGGACUGGCUCAGAGGCAUCAGAGGUUCUAUUCCCUGCUGGACAGGUUCCGAGCCACCGUCGCCGAGGAAACGAGCAGCCCCGCCCCUCCCGUGACAUCACACCCCCUGGAUGGGGACCCGCCCCCUGCCCCAGAGUUGGUCAUUGCUGACAAGGAAUGGUACGUGUCUUUGGUGAAGUCACAGUGCUGUCUCCGUGGCGACGGAGCUCUCACGGAGACCACGGAACUCCUGACCAAACUACCUCCCACUGACCUGUCCAGCAUCAUGAGCUGCAAGGAGUUCAACCUCAGUCUCCUCUGCCCCUGUCUGAGUAUGGGGCUGCAGAGGUUGACCAGGGGUCAAGGGUCGUUGCUGCUGGAGACGGCCCUGCAGGUUACCCUGGAGCAGCUGGGCAGUGUCACGCAGCAACUUCCUGUCCCUCACCAGUCCUUCCUGCCGCCCUCUGAACCCUCACCCUACUGGGACAAGCUGGCUGAAGUCUAUGGAGAGGCAGGUUUCUGCCCCAGGGUUCUGUCUCUGUGCCGCGCCCUGUCCCAGUACCUGCUGUGUGUGUCCCAGCUGCCUUCCUCGUUCCACAUCCCGUCGGACAAGGAGCACCUCAUCACCUCCUUCACUUGCCUGGUCACCGAGGUGGUGGCGUGGCGUCUGCUCCAGGACCAGGUGCCUCUGAGCGUGGACCUCCAGGGGGCCCUGUCCUGCCUGUGCCUGGCCCUGCAGCAGCCCUGCAUCUGGAGCCGCCUGGCCUCGGCCGCCUACACCACACACACCUGCUCCCUGGUGCACUGCCUCCGGCUCCUCAUCACCGCAGUGGCGGUGGGUCCAGGAGACCAGCUGCUGCGCCCAGAGAGGAAGAUAGACAAGGGUCGAGACUCAGACUCUGACCAGGUCGACUCUCCACACCUCGACAACGUGUGUGAGCGCCGUGCGUGUGAGACCAUGGCAGAGCUGGUGGAGGGGCUCCAGAGCAUCCUGGCACUUGGUCACCAUAGGAACAGCUCCAUCCCUGCCUUCCUCACCCCGACACUACGCAACAUUGUCAUCAGUCUGUCCAGACUGCCCUUGGUCAACAGCUACACACGAGUGCCCCCACUGGUGUGGAAGCUGGGCUGGUCCCCUCUGCCAGGUGGAGAGUUUGGCACAGCCCUCCCUGAGAUCCCUGUGGAGUUCCUUCAGGAGAAGGAUGUCUUCAGAGAGUUCCUCUACCGCAUCAACACACUGGGCUGGAGCAGCAGAACCCAGUUUGAGGAGACGUGGGCCACUUUGCUGGGGGUGCUGGUCACCCAACCGCUCCCUAUGGACCAGGAGGAGGAGACCCAGCAGGAGGAGGACCUGGAGAGGACUCAGAUCAACGUGCUGGCCGUCCAGGCCAUCAGCUCCCUGGUGCUGAGCGCCAUGACCCUGCCCACCGCUGGCAACCCUGCCGUCAGCUGUCUGGAGCAGCAGCCACGCAACAAGAGCCUGAAGGCUCUCGACACUCGGUUUGGCCGGAAGCUGUCUGUGAUCCGAGGGGAGGUGGAGAGAGAGAUCCAGGCUCUGGUGUCCAAGAGAGACAACGUCCACACUCACCACCCCUACCACGCCUGGGACCCCGUACCCUCGCUGUCUGCUGCCUCCGCAGGCACCCUGAUCAGCCACGAGAAGCUGCUGCUCCAGAUCAACACAGAGAGGGAGCUGGGCAACAUGGACUACAAGCUGGGCCAGGUGUCCAUCCACUCUGUGUGGCUGGGCAACAACAUCACCCCACUGAGGGAGGAGGAGUGGGGCGAGGACGAGGAGGACGAGACCGACGCCCCAGCCCCCACCUCACCACCCACCUCCCCCAUCAACUCCAGGAAGCACCGAGCAGGGGUGGACAUCCACUCGUGCUCCCAGUUCCUGUUGGAGCUCUACAGCCAGUGGGUCCUCCCCGGUUCCCCUAGCAACAGGAGGACCCCCGUGGUGCUGAUCAGCGAGGUGGUCCGCUCGUUGUUAGCUGUGUCCGACCUGUUCACAGAGAGGAACCAGUUUGACAUGAUGUUCUCCACCCUGAUGGAGCUGCAGAAGGUGCAUCCCCCUGAGGACGAGAUCCUCAACCAGUACCUGGUGCCGGCCAUCUGCAAGGCUGCUGCCGUACUUGGGAUGGACAAGGCGAUAGCGGAGCCCGUGUGCCGCCUGCUGGAGACCACCCUCCGCAGCACCCACCUCCCCAGCCGCAUGGGUGCUCUCCACGGCGUGCUGUACGUGCUGGAGUGUGACCUGCUGGACGACACGGCCAAGCAGCUGAUCCCCGCCGUGUCCGAGUACCUGCUGUCCAACCUCCGCGCCAUCGCACACUGUGUGAACCUGCAUAACCAGCAGCACGUGUUGGUGAUGUGUGCCGUGGCCUUCUACAUGAUGGAGAACUAUCCUCUGGAUGUGGGAGCCGACUUCACCGCCGGAGUCAUCCAGACGUGCGCCGUGAUGGUGUCGUCCAGCGAGGAGUCCACCCCGUCGGUCAUCUACCACUGCGUCCUGAGGGGUCUGGAGCGCCUGCUGCUGUCGGAGCAGCUGUCCCGGCUGGACAGCGAGGCGCUGGUCAAGCUCAGCGUGGAGCGCGUCAACAUGCCCAGCCCCCAUAGGGCCAUGGCCGCGCUGGGGCUCAUGCUCACCUGCAUGUACACCGCGGUGGUUGCGUCGGGUUCAGAGGUCACAGAGGUUAGGGGUCAGGUUGGCGUUGGCGAGGCGGUGGCGGUCACCGCUGGUCCUGUUGGUUUCUCCUCAGGCAAGGAGAAGGCCAGCCCCGGUCGCCCCGCCGACGCGGACCCCCAGGCCCCCGACAGCGAGUCCGUCAUCGUCGCCAUGGAGAGGGUGUCCGUGCUCUUUGACAGGAUCCGUAAGGGUUUCCCCAGCGAGGCGCGGGUGGUGGCCAGGAUCCUGCCUCAGUUCCUGGACGACUUCUUCCCUCCGCAGGACGUCAUGAACAAGGUCAUCGGGGAGUUCCUGUCCAAUCAGCAGCCUUAUCCACAAUUCAUGGCCAGCGUGGUUUACAAGGUGUUUCAGACUCUGCAUGCGACAGGCCAGUCAUCGAUGGUGCGUGACUGGGUGCUGCUGUCCCUGUCCAACUUCACCCAGAGGACGCCCGUGGCCAUGGCCAUGUGGUCGCUCUCCUGCUUCUUCGUGUCUGCCUCCACCUCCCAGUGGAUCUCCGCCCUCCUGCCUCAUGUGAUCAGCCGUAUGGGAAAGAGCGAGGUGGUGGACGUCAACCUCUUCUGCCUGGUGGCCAUGGACUUCUACCGGCACCAGAUCGACGAGGAGCUGGACCGCCGGGCCUUCCAGUCCGUCUUCGAGACGGUGGCCUCACCUGGCAGCCCCUACCACCAGCUCCUGGCCUGCCUGCUCUCCAUCCACCAGGACACCUCCCUCUGAAGGCUUAGGGAUGGGUGGGGGAGGAGGUGAGAGAGAGAGAGAGAGAGAGACAAUAUACCAGGACACCGUCCUCUGAAAAUAGAAAGAGGGACAUUAGGAAAGAGAGGACACCUUUCGCCAGAGAAAGAAGGUUAGGAGAGAAAGAGAGAGUGUGGAAUGAGAGAGAGAGAGAAAGAGAGAGAGAGAGAGCACACCUAGACACUCUCCCAGAAAGAGAAUGAAUGGAAAGAUGAGGUAGACUAGAGGGUUAGAUGGAUACAGAGAGUUCUUAUGUUAUCUCUGCUGUAUUCUCUGGCCUCAUCCUCCCUGUCCCUUUUCCCCACUAAUUUCAAGUCAAGGGUUGAUAGUGAUAUGGAAACUUAUCCGGUCCUUCAAACCGUCAAAGAAGCAUGAAGAGGAAGUGUUGAAAGGGAAGCCAUCUUGGAACGUUUGGACGCACUAUAGCUAGUCACAGACCUGCACUCUCUCACUGUCCAUAGAUAAAGAGGAAUGGUCUUUCAGAAUUAUGAAAUACACUGGUCCCAAAUGCUUUAAUGGUUCCACCCUCACUCACAUUUCCCCAGGGAUGCUUCCGCAAGGACGUACGACAACACUAGCCCCACUCGAACUGACCUUCAUUCAGCACCUUGACGAGCAAAGAAAAUAAUAUAAGUGAUAUUAAGAAGAAAGAUGAUGAAAAAAGAGUAAAGUAACUGGAUUUGUAUAUUUUCCUGUGAGGACUUGCUUGAGCCUUGUAACGUUAUAUUGUAUGAAGAAAAGUAAAAUCUAAAGUAUUUACUAUAUUUAAAGUUCAAUACUUCUAUUUUUCAGUGUGUUUUGUUACAGAGAGCAGAAUACGGAUUAAAACUGACAAAGAUCAUUAGUCUAGAUAUGUCUGCUUGGUGUUGUCAGUAGUUAUCUACAGUAUCUUUGUAGUAUUUCUUUUUAAUUUUUUAAGUAAUUCCCUCUAUCUUUUGCUUAUCAACUCCAAGAUGACAGAGGAGUUAGAAAAAGUGAGAUAAAGGAUAGAUAUGUUUUAUGUAUCAAGAGUAAAAAGGAUCACUAAUAGCCAUAGUAAAUAUCCCUGUCUAAAAAUGGCAACAACAACAAAAAUGCUGCGAUUGUAUCAUUGUCAUUGUGGACCGACAGGGGGGUUGGUCUUUCACUGUUAGCAUGAUGCUACGAUUCCUGUCUCUAUGUGCAGUUGGCCUAGCUUAGCCUCCGGGACUAGACAAAGGUCAACACUGGAGUCACCAAUCAAAAGGUUUCAGGGAGCUCACCUGAACACGUGUCCCGUAAUUACUUGCCACCUAUCAUAAUAUGCUUGCCCUUGAUAGCUUUGCACUUUGCACCGUUUACAGCUUGGUCAGAAAAAAAUGGAGUUCCUGAUUGGCUCUUUGGUUAACUUCCUGUUUUCUCUGGCGACUCUUUUUUCAGUCAUUCUCCAUCUUGUCCCAUCCCUGGAUGAUACCCCACACUAAAUCCAACAUAUUUGCUUCCUCUCAGGAUGAGAUGUGAUUACUUAUUGGAAUUUUAAUCAGUCACUGGGAGUAAAGCCUAGUUAUGUUUUAUUGGAGUUAUCUCAGUGUAUCAUGUCAAGUCAAGCGUAUAAUUGUAACGUAAAACAUAACUUCACAAUGCAUGAAGAAUGACUGCUGUGCAAACGGGAGCCACAAAAAUCCUUCAUGUAACAGUGACGGGUGUUCUCUUUUUGGACAGACAUUCUCAAACGGAACGUAUGCAAACGAAGCUUUAAGCCGACAUGAUUCCAUUUUAUAAACUUGACCCUGACAUGCUUGGUUGGCCUCCUUACUCCUGUACACACACACAUACCAGACGACUGAAUCUGUCCUACUGUUUAUCCUACAGAUGCAUGACCCCCCCACUUCCCUGUAUUUCCUGUAUACUGUAUUUCUAUGGUAAGGAUUCUGGCGUUGGUUAUGCCGAUGAGGGAGGGAGAGGAGGAGGAACGCAAUACAAAAAAGUCCUCUGUUAUAUAACUGUAGCAACCAACAGCUGCUUUGACCAGUCAACAGGCAUCAUGGUGUUACCUUAGCAACGCCACCGGUCAAUGCUAUGUUCUUGUCUGUUGUUGUUUUUCCCUCCCUUCAAAGCUUUAAAACUGCUUCUUUUUAAUUCACUCUUCUGGUUUUUUGAAAUCUUACAGAUGUUCGCCACUUACUGUCUUAGUGCAGCGUAUUGAGUGUCUAGCACUUAAAAACUUGAAGUUUUUCUCACGUCAAUGGAAUCUGCUUUCUUGUUUUCUCUGUGUCAAUGUACGCUGCAUGGGACUUCAGUGUUUGCAUUCAGUACUGGAUGACUGGAUGACUACCACACACAGAAGGCAAUGUAACACACUGACUUUGGUCGUGGUCACCAGUCAAAAUGAUGUAUUCAUACAAUAAAUGAUUAAGUCCCCAGUUGUUUGGUAGCUGUUUUUAAGAUUAUGAAGACAGAUGGAAAUGUCAGUGUGAGGCCUCCCAAAGCAGUCAUAUGUGCAUAAUGAAUUAGACAAGCUGUCAGCCAAGAGCAAAGAUAUAUUCUUUUUUUUGUGUGUGCAAGUAAUCUAUUCCAUAUUUAAUCUGUCUAAAGUCAGAUGGACAUGUUCUGUUUUAAGGAGAUGUAGUCUUGGAAAUCUUCUAUGUAGAUAUUGAAAUGGGUCUUAGUUGCAUCUUUGUUUGUGGUCUUGAGACUAUUUUUAUUUUUUUAAUUCUUAAAAUCCAAAAACACUGUACCGAGGUCCCCUGUUGAGAUAAUACGCUUAUCCAGAGUUCUUUUUGGCAGUUGCAGGAAGGAAGGGCCAGGGAAAGGGGGAGGGGCCAGGGCCGAGGUGAAGUUUGAUGAGUUUAACACAGCCUGCUCGAAGACUUCCAGACUUUUUCUUCUUCCUGUUUUGGCCCACUUUUAAGGUUAGAAACGAACCUAUCAUUGCGUAGAUGAGAACAACACUGUCUUUCUACCUACACCAUCACAAUUCACCAUUCCAGUGAGAUGUGAGUGAACGCGUUUGUGCUAGGGAAGAACUGGACUCCUCCCCUCUCCCCCCCCUCUCGAUUCAGCUAAACAUUGCCAUAAUGACUACAGUCAUUUAAUGCUGGGAUGUAACAAAACACAUACCCUGAAUUUUAGGACCUGCAUAGGUGACCACAGCCGCCCAGUGUGUUG